CGCCCUCCCAUGGGGUAAAGACCCGUCCCGCCCCGUCCGGGCCACUUUCCGCGCUGGCCUUGGAGUUCCGCAGACGGUGUACCUGCUGCUGAGACCAUGGAUGCCCAGGGGACAGAGGCCAAUGGGGACAGCCAGGUGACCCCGGAGGAACCAGUACAGCAGCCCAGUGUGGUGGACCGCGUGACCAGCCUGCCGCUCAUCAGCUCCACCUGCGACAUGGUGUCGGCUGCCUACUCAUCCACCAAGGAGAGUCACCCCCACGUCAAGACCAUGUGCGACGUGGCAGAGAAGGGAGUGAGGACCCUCACAGCGGCUGCAGUCAGCGGGGCGGAGCCCAUCCUGUCCCGGCUGGAGCCUCAGUUGGCAUCAGCCAGUGAGUAUGCCCACAGGGGGCUGGACAAGCUGGAGGAGAACCUUCCCAUCCUGCAGCAGCCCACGGAGAAGGCGGUGGAUGUGACCCGCGGAGCUGUGCAGAGCGGUGUGGACAUGACGAAGUCCGCGGUGACCAGCAGCGUCCAGUCGGUCAUGGGGUCGCGUGUGGGACAGAUGGUGCUGAGUGGGGCAGAGACCGUGCUGGGCAAGUCAGAGGCCUGGGCAGACAACCACCUGCCCAUGACAAAUGCCGAGCUGGCGCGCCUCGCCACGUCCCUGGAGGGCUUUGACAUAGCCUCGGUGCAGCAGCAGCGGCAGGAGCAGAGCUACUUUGUGCGCCUAGGCUCACUGUCUGAGCGCCUGAGCCAGCACGCGUAUGAGCACUCGCUGGGGAAGCUGCGCAGCACCAAGGAGCAUGCGCAGGAAGCGCUGCAGCAGCUGGCGCAGGCGCUCAGUCUGAUGGAAACCGUGAAGCAGGGAGUGGACCAGAAGCUGCUGGAGGGGCAGGAGAAGCUGCACCGGAUGUGGCUGAGUUGGAACCAGAGAGCAUCACAGGGCUCGGAGGACCCGGCCAAACCAGAGGUGGAGUCGCGGGCGCUGGCCAUGUGCCGCGAGGUGGCACAGCAGCUGCAGAGCACCUGUGCGUCCUUGGGCGCCAGCAUCCAGGGGCUGCCCGCGCACGUGAAGGACCAGGCCCAGCAGGUGCGCUGCCACGUGGAGGACCUGCAGGCCACCUUUGCCGGUGCCCGCUCCUUCCAGGACCUGCCCGGCAGUGUCCUGGCUCAGAGCCGGGAGCGCGUGGCCCAGGCCCGAGAGGCCCUGGAGCGUGUGGUGGAGUUCGUGGCCCAGAACGUGCAUGUCACCUGGCUGGUGGGGCCCUUUGCCCCGGGCAUCACUGAGCGAGCCCCAGAGGAGGAGGAGAAGUAGUAGGGGGUGGGCCGGCCUUGUCCCUCCCCGGGGGCACCAGCAUCGCUGGUUUCUCUAACAACCAGCUCACUUCAAACUCUUCUCUUCUUUUUCUAUUUUUUUCUUUGUUUCAGAGGGCUUGGCACUGAGCUACACCCCAGCUCUUAUUAUUUUAUAUUUUGUGACAGAGUCUCCCCAAAUUACUAAGUUGCCCAGACUAGGACUUCCGGUCUGAGUACCCUGGCCCCCUGGGUGGCCAGCGGGGGCAGCUGAGCUGAUUCUGGGUCCAAAAGGGGCUGAGGCCUGGGUGGUGAGCCCCGUCCCAGUACCCAGGUAUCCAGUGUCGCCUUAAUAAAUUUUACCUGCAGCUAAA